UUAAAAACAGGUAUUGUGUUAUUAGAAAUAUAAAAUAUGCAAAAAAAUCAGAACAAUUGUCAUAAAAAUAAAAAAAUGACAAGUUUUUGACAAUUAUUAAUUUCAACAAUAAAAAAACAUGUACGUUAAAUUAGCAUGGAUUUUAGCCUCAAAUACUCGAAAUACAUUAUAAGUGGCGCUGCCUUGGUUUUAGCGAUUCUUGGCCUUGUCAUGUUUUCAGUCGGGUUAAGCUGGCUAAUCAGCAUCGCAAAUUGUGGAAUCUUAGUCGAAUCAAUAAUCAGAAACGCUUCAUUGACUCUAAUUACAGGCGCAAUUAUAGUUGUUAGUUCUUGGGUAGGCUUGACUGCAAUUAGACGAAAAAAUCUAGCCCUACUAGUCCUAUACGGGGCUGUGCUAAUGUCAAUCACAGCUUUGGAAUUGAGCGUCGGAAUUUAUGAUUUUCUAGACAAACACAAAGUCGACGAGCAAGUCCCGAAGUAUGCGACCAAAAUUGAUAGGAACAUUCAUUUGGCGUUCAACAAGAACGACUCCGACGCGAAAAUGUGUCUGAAAAAUCUACAAACCAAAUUAAAGUGUUGCGGGGCUCAUGGACCUAGCGAUUACGCCCUCCACAAAGUUAAGCAAAUUCCAGAAAGCUGUUACGAAAGAGCGGAAAGUAAAACAGAUCCGUACCCGCAUGGUUGUGCCCAAUUAAUUGCAGAUUUGCACAAAUAUGAUUUGAAAUUUUCGGCCAGUUUUAGCGUCAUUGCUGCUAUUUUUGCGGGAGUUGGUACUGUUUUCGUGUUUCUGUUGUCCAAGAAAAAAUUGCAGCAACUAGAAGUGAGAGUCUAUGACGAAUAAUUUUUUUUAUUAUAAUUUAAUUAAAAACGGAUUAAAUAAUAAUAAUUUCAUUUAAUCUUUCUCACUAUCUCUACUAUUGUAUCAGUUAUCAAAACGCUACCUCUCGUCUUUAUCAGUUCAAAAAUCCGUUGUAGCACAGCAUUUGUCAAU